GAUGUAAUGACAUCACCAAUGAUCUUCUGUGGUCAGGAAAAUAUAAACGAUGAAAAUUACCGAGGUCAGAUGAUCUUGGAAGAAGUCGAUCCCGUCUUUAUGGCUUGGGCAUCAGAAUAUGUGUCACCAAGAAGCAAAUUUAUAGCUUGCCGUUCGGAUCCUUGUAAAAACGGUGGAAUCAGAGAGGCAGAGGGCGCCAUUCAGAGAUGUCGGUGUCCAAAACAUUAUGCAGGAAAAUACUGUCAAUAUUGUAGUUUCUAUUUAGCAAAUCAACCCACAUUUAAUACAACCAUAAUACCAUACUCAAACGAUCGGACUGGCUUCAAGUUAAGAACACGCGGGAUUAAGUACACUCUUGCGUUUGUUGGUGAGGCCAACAAUAAGCAAGCCAUGAUGAUUUUCUACUUCUGCGUUGGAUCCUCGCGUGUUAGGUCGUUCAGAAGACCUCCUGAUGUAGCAUCCAGUGUCCGUAGCCCUGUGCUGAGCCAGCUCCACUGCGGACCAUCUGGGUACGAUUCGUUCUGGCUUGACCACUCGGAAGGAAACUUUGCAGUGGGACUUCAGGGGAAUUCAACUCCUGUUAUCAAGUUUCGUCCAAAAGUGCAAAUGAAAAUUAAGAGCAUUGGCCUGGAAAGUCCUUCUCCCGGUGGGGACUGGAUGAUUGACCAACCAUGUGGCGCUUGGACGAGGUCUUAGGUUAGGCGUAUCGCGGUUAUAUUCACCUGAGCCUCCUGGCAAAGAUAAUUGGAUCCCACAUAGUAUAUCA